UCUACAACGACGACAUCACCCCGCAGCUUCCCCGAUCUUUCCCAUACGAAUUUCUGGGCUCCAUUCCCAUAGAAUUCCCCGCUUCUCACUCUACGUCAGCCCGUACCGCCAGGAUGAUGUCUACUGGCAUGCUAGGAGAAGAUGGCAUUCAUAUCGACAUGAACCACCUCAAGAAAGGCGAAGUCAACCUAGGCACAUCGAUCAUGGCGAUCAACUUCAAAGAUGGUGUAAUACUAGCCGCAGACAGUCGGACAACAACGGGAGCAUACAUUGCAAAUCGAGUCACGGACAAGCUCACACAAGUCCACGACACCAUCUGGUGUUGCAGAUCCGGCUCAGCAGCGGACACGCAGGCUGUGGCUGACAUUGUUCACUAUCACCUGGGCAUGUACGGCACCACAAACGACGAGCCGCCGACUACACAGACCGCAGCAGCGAUAUUCCAGGAGCUCUGCUAUUCCAACAAGGAUCAGCUAUCCGCUGGAUUGAUCAUCGCCGGAUGGGACCAUCGACAUGGUGGCCAGGUAUACUCGAUUCCACUUGGAGGUUCUUUGCACAAGCAGUCGUACGCAAUUGGCGGUUCAGGGUCAACGUACAUCUACGGUUACUGCGACGCAAACUGGAGGGAGAACAUGACCGAGGAGGAGGGCAUCAAGUUCGUCAAGGGUGCGCUCUCGGAAGCCAUCAAGUGGGACGGCAGCUCUGGCGGUGUGAUCCGCAUGGUGGUGCUCACAGGCACAGGCGCACAACGACAUCUAUAUCUACCAGACCAGAACUACGAAGGGCCUGGUACACAGUAAUUCGGCAGUGAAAUUGGUGGCAGAUACAUGGGGGGACAUGUAUGAUAUGGCUGUCAGAGGUCGAGGUGGACGUGAAGACGCCGCCGAACGAGCGACGACACGAGAUAGAGCUCGGCCAAUGGACGGAGCAUUGAUCAAGCUCUCAUGACCCACGUCCACGCAACAGCUUAUUAGAGUGGCAUUCGUUAGUAGCAUGCACUAGACACGAAUGUUAGGCAGUUGAUGUGGCAUUUCUCCGAAUCGCCAGCCCAAUCACAAACGAGCAUUUGCCCAUACUUUUUUGUCCCGCUUUGUGUUGCACACGUGGGGACGACCAGCGUUGAUUGAUGAGGCAUGCGUUGAAGUUGUGUCGGGCGAUGAAAAGGAAAGCAGCC